AUGGCUAAAAACCCAUACUUCAACACUGUGGUAAAUCCAUCAACCUUCAAGAAGCGUUUCCUUGCCGAGAAGAGGAAGUUAUUCUCCGAACUCCCUGAUGGCAGGGCCAGUGAUUGGCGACGUGAUCACUUGUUUGCUUGUCGUGUUAUUCGGACUAAUACCAUGCCCUACGUUCUCCCGAUCCUGUCGGAGCAUUUGCCAUCAUCCUUGGACCUUCAAUCAUACCCUGAGAUCGGGAAGUUUCUAUGUGGCCCAGAUGGAUACCUGGACCAGAGCGAGCACCGUCUUGUGCGAGAUCCCACAUGUGGGGUCUCUCUUGGCCAAGUUUGGGCGGCAUUGGCAAUAUUCAAAGGUAGCGUAGAGCGCCGUCAAACCUUCUUAUCUCAACACCCUCCAAGAGGAAACGGCGAUGAAUCCAAGGCAUCUUCGAAGCGGCCCCGAGCGGGCACCAAGCGCAUCCUGCCACCAGAGUCUACCGACUCCAGCAAGAUACAAGCUGAAUCAUCUGGCGGUUCAGCAUCCAGUUCGCAUGCGGCUUCUUCCCCUGAGUACAUGGAUCCAAAAUCGAGCAGCCUCCAAGUGUCCCUAGAAGAUAACACCGUGCGGCUUGCGUCUUCUGUGAUACGACAUAUCCUAUACUUUGCACCGCCGCAAGAUGACGCUAAUCUGCGCGGUGUCGUCGAAUUCAGGGAUGAGAAAGCAAGAAAUUCCGUCGCCACCCCGAAGUUGAGUCGGAGAUUCGUAGCCAUCGACGAUGGGGGGCUUAGCACGGCACCCGUCUCAUCAUCACGGCCCCACGGGUCUGUAUGA